AUGACCGAAGUCCUUUCUCCCAUUCCGGUUCCGCAGCUGAAGUUGAAGCCCAUUCUCAAAGAUCAACUGAGGCCCUCGCGACCCGCAGCGCAGGCCAUCUUCAGCCCGGAAAAGCACCUGUCAUUCUCAGAGGAGCCCAGGAUAUUGUCUUUGGCUGACGUUGCCUUACCCGAAGAUGCUGGCAUCUCCCACGUUGCCUGCUCGCACCCCUUCCCUCUCUUCAGCGAAGAGGCGAUUGGUAUCAUGAGAGAUGAGAUUUUCACGACCGAAGUCUGGAAGAAUUGUCUGUACAGCACGGAAUUUGCAGCCUGCCAGUUGCGAGGCCACUGCCCAAAAUAUGCGCCCUUCAUGACCCAAGCUUGGAAGAACCCACAGACCUUGUCCAUCAUCUCGAAGAUCGCCGGCAUAGACCUCAUCCCCAACAUCGAGUACGAAAUUGGCAAUAUCAACAUCGCUGUCCAGGGCCCAGUCAAAGAUGGCUCAGAGGUAGAGAAGACGGGCGACGAAAACCUAUCCGUGACCAAAUGGCACUACGAUAGCUAUCCUUUCGUAUGUGUCGUUAUGAUGAGUGACGCUUCGGAGAUGAUGGGCGGCGAAACCGCGCUCAAAAGCGGCACCGGAGAGAUUCUCAAAGUCCGUGGACCGCAAAUGGGAUCUGCCGUUGUUCUUCAGGGCAGAUACGUCCAGCAUCAGGCAUUGGCCGCACUUGGCGGUAGAGAGCGCAUAACCAUGAUCACAUCAUUCAGGCCUCGUGACCCUAUCAUCAAGGACGAUUCCGUUCUUACUUCGAUCAGGCCCAUUUCAGAGCCAUCGGAGCUGUACUACCAAUGGACAAAGUACAGGGUCGAAGUUUUACAGGAACGUUUGAAGAGCAUGCUCAAUGAAAUGGAAGAGAACCAUCGAGCCGGCAAACAGACGGAUGUCAAGCGGGUCAAGGAAGUCCUUGAACAGCAAGAAAAGUAUCUUGAAAUUACCAACAAUGAGAUUGUAGAAAAUCGAGUAGCCGUACGAGGUUGGGGAGAGUCUUAG